GCAGACGACACAUUACUUUUAGUCGACUUUUAAAACAUGGAGGCUACUGGCUGCACGUGGGAUCUGGUGAAAACCAUUGAAUCCGAUGACGAAAACAUUCCCUUUUACGAUUCAUCAUCUGAAAGUGAAGAAGAAUUUCAACCAAAACAAUUAAAACGCGAUGAAAUCAAGACUAAAAGUAAGGAGUUCAGCCAAGAGUUUGAGUUUAUUGGAAAUGUCGGCGACUACAACGCCGACCCUUGGAAAGAUGAUGUUCAAAAAUACAUUAAACGGAAAGCGAAAAGCAAGACGGACGACAAAAUUGCCCAAGUGCUUAAAGAUAAAGGCGGGGAUGAAGAUGGAAGUGAACAAGAAAUAGAAGAUGAAGUUGAAGAAAAUUUGCUGUCUGAAGAUGAAUUGACAAAGGACAAUGUACGAGAUAAAGAACGUGACAAGAAGAGGAAACUAAGGAAGAAAAAGUCAAAUGAGGAAGUUGAUCCAAAUUUGGGGAUGGGAGAGGAUUUUUUUGACGAGUCGUUGCUCUAUGAGCCAGCAGAGAGUUUCCAUGAAAUGAAUUUGUCUCGUCCUCUCAUGAAAGCCAUUGCCUCUAUGAAUUUUGUCCAUCCAACCCCUAUUCAGUCAGCUACAAUCCCUGUUGCAUUACUGGGCAGAGAUGUAUGUGGUUGUGCUGCUACAGGAACUGGUAAAACAGCAGCUUUCAUGUUGCCAGUUCUAGAGAGGUUGAUGUAUCGUCCCAAGGUAUCAGCAACAACACGUGUCCUUGUUCUUGUUCCAACUCGAGAAUUGGGAGUUCAGGUCUAUCAAGUUUCCAAGCAACUUUCACAGUUCACCAAUAUUCAAAUAGGACUUUCAAUUGGUGGUCUUGAUUUAAAAGUCCAAGAAAAAGUUCUUCGCGGCAAUCCUGACGUUGUUAUCGCAACACCUGGCCGUUUAAUUGACCACUUGCGCAAUACUCCAUCCUUCAGUCUUGAAGCCAUUGACGUUUUGAUUCUGGACGAAGCCGAUCGAAUGUUGGAUGAAUUUUUUAUUGAACAAGUCAAAGAAAUUAUUAUGCAAUGCGGCCGUAAACGCCAAACCAUGCUUUUUUCUGCCACGAUGAGUAACGAAGUUCGAGAUUUGGCCGCUGUAUCUUUAAACAAACCCAUCAAGGUUUUCGUAAAUAAUAACCGCGAUGUAGCAUUCAAUUUGAGGCAGGAGUUUGUUCGCAUCAGGCCAAAUCAUGAAGGUGACAGAGAAGCAAUCUUGUGUGCUCUUGUGUGUCGAACUUUCCGAAACCACUGCAUGGUAUUCGUUCAAACUAAAAUGCUUUGUCACAGGCUUCACGUUCAGCUUGGAUUGUUAGGCAUCAGAGUAGGCGAACUCCACGGAAAUCUCUCUCAACCGCAGCGACUGGAAGCUCUUAGAAAAUUCAAGGAGGAAGACAUCGAUAUUUUGGUUUCCACGGACGUUGCAGCUCGUGGUUUAGAUAUCCCAGGAGUGCAAACAGUUAUAAAUUAUACUAUGCCACCAACUAUCGAACGUUAUAUUCAUCGAGUUGGACGUACGGCUCGUGCUGGACGAAGCGGUGUCUCCGUAUCACUCGCUGGAGAAGGAGAAAGAAAAGUGGUCAAAGAAAUCGUUAAAAGGGCCAACAAUCCUGUUAAAUCACGAUUGAUUCCAAACGAGAUUCUUGAAAAAUAUAAAAAGAAAUUGGCCCUCAUUGAUCCGGAUGUGGAAAGCAUUAUUACGGAAGAGAAAUCUGAAAGCCAACUUUCAGCAAUGGAAAACCAAAUCAAUCGAGCUGAAAAAAUGGUUAAAGUUAAAGGUGAACCUGCUGCUCCGAAGCGACAGUGGUUCCAGACACACCAGGAGCGUUUGGACGAAAAAGAUCGAUUUAAAUUGGCCAACGAAGGAGGUGCCACAGAAGAAAGACCGAAACCUAAGAAGAAGUUGGGAGAGAAUCAGAAAAUCAAACGAAAUGAACGAAAGAAGGAACAGAAAAAGACCAAGAAGAAGGGUGAAAUGACAUCUGAAGAGCGGACGCAACUGGAAUUGAAAAAGGUGAUGCUUAUGCAAGCAAGAGCUGCCAAGAAAAUGAGUAAACCGAAGAGCAUGCGAUUAAAUAACGAUGUCAGCGACGUCAAAUCUACAAAAGCACCAGUUGCCAAAAAAUCAGGAUCGGCGUUUGCUGCAGAUUUGACCGAUACAAGUCAGAGAUCGGUAAAAAGACUGCGUUACCAAGGAAAUGUUCAAAAUCGACAGCUGAAAUCGAAGAAAGGAAGAAAAUGAAAUGAUUGAACCCUUUUUUUAAACGGAAUACACUUUGCAAGUUACUUUGA